AUGAGGGUUUUUCUGAACUUGAGCUUUGGAGGUGGAGGUCACACCAAAGCCAUCCUGAGGGCCUCUCCUGAAGUGACAGUAGUGGCCCUAGACCGAGACCCCACAGCAUUCAGCUUAGCUCAACAGCUGGCCAAGGAACACAGAACAGAGGCCCACGGCCCCAGUGUGAGGGAGAUGCUGCCUCCCACUGAGGUUCCGUCAGUGAAAGAGAGCAUCGGAGUCUCCUCAGCGUGUAGGGGAAGUGGCCGGGUGCAACCGUUGCUCAGGCGUUUCGGUGAGCUGGGAGCCCUGCUGUCUAGACUGAGGUUUCAGCCAGGUAGUGUGGAUGCUGUUCUUCUGGAUACUGGCUGCUCCUCCAUGCAGAUGGUUCCCGAGAGAGGCUUCUCCCUCAGUAAGGAUGGCCCUCUGGACAUGAGGAUGGAUGCAGAUAGGUACCCCGACAUGCCCUGCGCUGCUGACGUUGUGAACGCCUUAGAUCAACAGGCGCUUGCGUCCAUCCUCACUGCCUAUGGGGAGGAAAGGCACACCAGGAAAAUAGCCUCGGCCAUGGUGGAGGCACGCAGUGUCUACCCCAUCACCCGGACACAGCAGCUGGCCAGCGUGGUGGCAGGAUCUUUUGCUGCCAGCGCUCUCUAUGCCCGCAAAGAUCGGCUUCAGCGACCCUCACACGUUGCCACCAAGACAUUUCAGGCGCUGCGUAUGUUUGUCAAUGAUGAGCUGAAUGAACUGCAUGCUGGACUCUGCACUGCUCAGACAGUGCUUAAACCUGGCGGCCGCCUCUGUGUGCUGACCUUCCAUUCACUAGAGGACCGCUUGGUAAAGCGUUUUCUCCAUGGAGAGGAUGUAGGUGCCCCACAGCGCCGGAGUGUCCAUCAGAGAGUCCAGCGAUGGGAGGAAGAGGAGGAGGAGGAAGAAGAGAAGGGUGGGGAAAAGGACAGUGGUCACUGGGUUGACCUGCAGAGAGGGGUGCUGAUGCCACAGUCAGAAGACAUACUGGAGAACCCAUGGGGACGCUCAGCCAAACUCAGGGCAGCAUUCAAACAAUAACCCUCUGGAACGUGGCCUCAACCUGCACCAAUUAAAUCCUUGUUGUUUAACUAGACUAUAGAACCACCAGGCUGGUCUUCGUCAGACACGACCAUACUGAUCAUAUCCAGGCACAGUCUCACUGGUGUCGGUUGGGUGACAUACAGAACAAGUGCCUUGUUAAUGGUGGAACGCUGAGGCUGAAUGGUAUUUAACUGCCAUGCACGAACAGUCAACAAUCGAUGUAGGCAUGUGCUCCUUAGUUAAUAUUAUACUGUGUGUUGCUACUGAGUAUUUAUUUAAUUUAGUUUAAGUGACUUGUGCACACUACUUGAAUAUAGGAAACACAAUUGUGCUGAAGCCUAAGUUGAAGAUAUCAAAGGUUAAGACAAGGAUUCUAAUAUCCCAUAACUAUUUGCAUAAAUGAGAAAGAAUUAGAAAAGCAAAGGGGCCAGCUAUGCUAGUUAGCAAUGGCACUUGUCCCAUGAAUCUGUUUAUUAUUCGAAAGAUUCUUAUCUGGGUAUCUUCAACCUAGGCUGAAGCCAGAGACACGGAAGACAAAACGUCUCUCUCACUCUCUCACUCACUCACUCAAUUUGUACUGCAUUACUUUAUGGCUGAGCUGACACAGUUGCAUACAGUAACAGUUCUGCCUUGAAUUCUGAGUUUCCUCAGUUCUCCCCGUUGGCUGAACCCAUAAUGUUUUUGCUCUCUUGACUAAUUAAUUAAUCAGAACAAUGUUGCCUCCAACCGACUGAUGAGUAUCCAGAUCAACGGAUGUAGGCACUAACCUCCCUCACUGAUGUCUGUAUACUCCAGCAAUGAGAUGACAACUUCCUUGGUAGUUUUGGCUGAAUGUGUACUGCACUGCACGAAUCAGUAAUGUCUUUAAAUACCAAGUGACUCAAGUGUCACAAGUGGCGGUGAAUGAGAGGAUGACUGUUUCAUUCAUGAGCCUUCUCCAACUGUUAACAGAUGAGGUGUUUUGAUCUGUACUAUUGGACUUUGUCUAUUUGUAAUUGCUCCAUCAAGAGGAUCAACACUUUUCUUCCCCUCUGCCUCAUUCUGUACACUCUAAAUAUACACUUCUUGUUACCUUGGAAACUAAACAGCACAAGUAACAUUUAACUUUGUCUAAAUGUGUUUGCUGUUUUAAAAUAUCUGCGAAACGAUGCCGUAUGUAGAAUUUUUACGCCCCUCCCUUUGAGGUCAGUCGACGUCACGCAGUCGUCAUGGUUAUUUGAAUUCAAUUUGAAAUAAGAAUGGUAAUCCUGUUUGAUCUGUUCUUUAAUGGAUGGCCCAAGGGUUCUAAGCCCCUUACUCUGUAGACCCCCAUUCAUCCCCUCUAAUCAGGAAUGAUUCAGACGUGGAACACCUGGUGUGUGGAAUCUGAAUUCAAAACUCAAAAUGUGACUUUUUCCCUUUGAUGACCACAAUAUAACUGUGACUCAUAAUCGUGCAACUGGUGACAAUUCCAACCAUAAAUUCUUCUCUAGAUAUCCGCCAGCACCUGGACACAUCAUCUGCCUUUUCCUUCCUGUACACCCUCUCUGCCACCUGACCAAAUUAAAGCUUUCUUCAGUUCUCCAAAGUUUGUCUAACUUUAACCAAUUUAACAAACUUAGCUUUGUUUCUCCCCAUUUCUCAUAACGUGUGUCACCUUUUGUCUUUUACUAGUAAGGAAUGACCCCUGCUAAACACGUUGCAAAUUCCACAUUCUUCUUUACACUCAAAUCUAUCAACAAGUCUUUUGUAAUUACCUACAGUGGCUUGUGAAAGUAUUCACCCCCCUUGACAUUUUUCCUAUUUUGUUGCCUUACAACCUGGAAU